AUGUCUUUUGUCGUCGAGCACACUACACCUGGUGGCCACAAGAUCUCCUUGAACACUGGUCUCUUUAUCAAUAAUGAAUUCGUGGCUGGUGCCAACACCAUCGAUACCAUCAACCCUGCCACAGGCAAGGUCAUCACCGCUGUUCAAGCAGCCGAAAAGGAACAAGUUGAUCAAGCUGUGGAUGCCGCUGAAAAGGCAUUCCAAAGCUGGCGCAAUGUUGCCCCACGCGAACGUCAAAAGUUGAUGCUCAAGUUGGCGGACUUGAUCGAACGUGAUGCAGAGGAGCUUGCUAUCGUCGAAACCCUUGACAAUGGCAAGCCUCUUACUCAAGCAAAGAUGAUCGAUGUUAGUGGUAUCCAAGGUUCUUUGCGUUAUUAUGCUGGUUGGUGUGACAAGAUCCACGGCAAGGUGAUGGAAACAGAAGGCAAGCUCUCCUACACACGUCAUGAACCCAUUGGUGUGUGUGGUGGUAUCAUCCCAUGGAAUUUCCCUCUCAACAUGCUUGGCUGGAAAAUCGCACCUGCAUUAGCCACCGCCAACACAGUGGUUAUCAAGACCUCUGAAAUGACCCCACUCUCUGCUCUCAAGGUGGCUGCACUUGUUAAGGAAGCAGGCUUCCCACCCGGUGUCAUCAACAUCAUUACCGGCUAUGGUGCUAUUGCUGGUGACGCUCUUGCUCGUCAUCCCAAGGUUGGCAAGAUUGCCUUCACUGGUAGCACUGUCGUUGGUCGCCAAAUCAUGAAGGCUGCUGCCGAAUCCAACUUGAAAAAGGUGACCCUUGAACUUGGUGGCAAGUCUCCCAACAUUAUCUUUGACGACGUUGAGGAUUUGGACAAGGCCGUGUUUUGGGCGUUCAAUGGUAUCUACAUGAAUGCUGGUCAAGUAUGCUCUGCUGGAUCGCGUAUCUUUGUUCAAGAAGGCAUCUAUGACAAGUUCCUCGAAAAGUUUACCCAAUUGAUCGAUGCUCACAAGGUCGGCAAUCCUUUCGAAAACGAUUCCUACCAAGGACCACAAAUCUCCCAACGCCAAUUUGAUCGCAUUAUGGAAUAUAUUGAUAUCGGCAAAAAGGAAGGUGCAACACUCCACAAGGGUGGUAAGCGUGUCGGCGAUGUUGGCUACUUUAUUGAACCCACUGUCUUUACAGACUGCAAACCUGAACAUAAAAUUUCUCGUGAGGAAAUCUUCGGGCCAGUUGCUGCUGUUGCCAAGUUCAAGGAUCAGGAAGAAGUGAUCAAGCUUGCCAAUGAUACCUCUUAUGGCCUUGGAGCUGCUGUCUUCACAGCUAACAUUAGCACUGCUAUCAACGUUUCCAACAAGCUCGAAGCUGGAUCAGUCUGGGUUAACUGCUACAACAUUGUGGAGGUCAAUGCACCAUUUGGUGGUUAUAAGCAAAGUGGUAUUGGACGUGAAAAUGGUGAAUACGCUCUCGAGAACUACUACCAAGUCAAGAGUGUCAAGAUCAACAUUGAUAAGGCUGCUUAA